AUGACGUUAUCAGAUAAUCUUAAUGAGCUGAUUGUUACAAAGCUCAUGGAUAUGCUCAAACUUAAUCCUUAUUCUACUUUUCUAAGAUCGUUAACAGUUGUUCCAAAUUUAUCUGAAUUUUACAUUGCUCUAAACUCAAGUUCCAAUUUAGACCAAAGAACAUAUAACUUACCAACUGCAUCCGAAGUUGGGGCAAUUUGGAUUGAAGAUCAAUUAAAUGAUAAAAUUCCCACACCACAUAUUCGAAUUUACACUCAUAGUAACAAAACCCAAUUGGUCAAUUACUAUUAUGGAUGUUAUGACCCAUCACAAUAUCCACUAUUGUUUCCUUAUGGUCAAAAUGGCUGGCAUUGUGGUAUUAAAAAAUUCAACAAGACAUAUAGUUAUUCCAAAACACAAAUUUCUUGUGAAUAUGAGCAGCUACCAAGUAUAAAGAACAUGACUUCUAUUGAUAGACUCCUUCACAUCGAAUCUACAGUUUUAUCAAAAGGAUUAAGAAAAAGAGAGACUGUUUCUUGUCGUGAAUAUUAUUGUUAUAAAAUUCAAAUAAGAGAUGAAGAACCAAAUGAAACUUUACAUUCUGGAAGGGUAUUUCAACAAUACAUAGUUGACCAAUAUAUCAAACUUGAGACACAAAGAUUAGAUUUUGUUUCAUUUAAUCAAGAUCUAUUUAGAGUUGAAGCCUUUCAAGGAAUUAUUGAUUUAUUGAGGCAAGGAGAAAGAGAUGCUUCCAAUAUUGGCAGACGAAAAUUCCUUCCUGGUAGUUUCAUAGGAGGCCCAAGAGAUAUGCGUCGAAGAUAUAUGAAUGCCAUUGCUUUGGUACAACAUUUUGGAAAACCAGACAUAUUUUUGACGAUGACUUGUAAUCCUUGUUGGCCUGAAAUACAAGAACAUUUACAGCCAAUGGAAGAAGUUCAAAACAGACCUGAUUUAGUUAGUAGAGUAUUCAGAGCAAAAGUAGAAGAACUUAAAACAGAUAUUCAAAAAACCAACAUAUUUGAAAAGAUUGCAGCUUUUAUGUAUACAAUUGAGUUUCAAAAACGAGGUCUUCCACAUGCCCAUUUUCUCAUUAUACUUAUGGAUGGAUAUAAAUUGCUAACACCACAAUCAUAUGAUAAAAUUGUAUGUGCUGAAUUACCUGAUCCUCAUAUUGAUCAUAAUCUAUACAAACUUGUGACCAAGCACAUGAUCCAUGGUCCUUGUGGCUAUUUAAAUCCUUCAAAUUCUUGCAUGCAAAAAGAAGGAAAAUGUAAGUUUAAAUAUCCAAAACAACUUACUGAACAAACAACCAAAGGAAAGAAUUCGUAUCCUCUUUACAAAAGACCAAAAAUGAUCACACCAAUCAAAGUUAGAGGACACAACAUUGAUAAUUCUUGGAUUGUCCCGUACAAUCCGUUUUUACUGAAGAAAUUCGGUUGUCAUAUUAAUGUUGAAAUAUGUUAUGACAUUAAGGUUAUCAAAUACAUUUACAAAUAUAUUUGCAAAGGACAUGACAAAAUUGCAUUCUCUGUACAUAAUAAUGAUACUAAUGUAGAAAUAGAUGAAAUGAAAGAAUACCAAUCUGCUAGAUGGGUUUCUCCUCCAGAAGCUGUGUGGCGCUGUUUGCUUUUUCAAUAA